CAAUUCAACCUUGCUUACAUGUUUACCUCUCUUGUUAACAUAAGUUAUUUCUGUGACUGGCUCAGCCACACACAAGGUCAUAUAAGUUACUAUGUUACUGGCAAAGAGGAUGAGCAACCGGCUGUUUUUACUGGAGAUACAUUGUUUAUUGCUAGUUGUGGGAAAUUUUUUGAAGAAACUGCUGAACAGAUGUAUCAGUCACUUAAUGUAACACUAGCUUCAUUACCAAAGUCAACUCGAGUAUACCGUGGCCAUGAGUACUCAGUGAACAACUUGCAAUUUGCUCUGACACUUGAGCCGGACAAUUUGAGGAUACAAAAAAAAUUAGCCUGGGCUCGGAAUCAAUGGCAAGCUGGCCAAGCAACAAUUCCCUCAACCAUUGAGGAUGAGUUGGAGACAAAUCCCUUUAUGAGGGUUGAUCUACCUGAGAUCCAGGAGAGGGUGGGCUGCAAGUCACCUGUUGAAGCAUUAGGAGAGAUAAGGAAGCAGAAAGACAACUGGAGAGGCUAAUGGAACUAGCAUUCUCAUUUGUUGAUAUUUCAUUUUCCUUUUCUGUUUUAUUCAUAUGAAUAAGGCCUUUUAUGUAGAUACUGUAACUGUUUGUUUUGCCUGAAACUUAAAUGACAGAGUCAGAGGCUUGUCAAGUUAGGGGCAUGGAUUGUGAUUAGCACACUGUUGCCUAUAUGCAUUUUGUUGUUUAAUCCAAAUACUAAGAUGGUCCAUUUCAUUCA